AUGGCUCUGAAGGACACGGGCAGCGCGGGCAGCACCAUCCUGCCCAUUAGCGAGAUGGUCUCCGCGUCCAGCUCGCCCGGGGCGUCGGCGGCCGCGGCCCCCGGGCCCUGCGCGCCCUCGCCCUUCCCGGAGGUGGUGGAGCUGAACGUGGGCGGUCAGGUGUAUGUGACCAAGCACUCGACGCUGCUCAGCGUCCCGGACAGCACUCUGGCCAGUAUGUUCGCGCCCUGCAGCCCCCGGGGCGGCGCGCGGCGCCGGGGCGAGCUGCCCAGGGACAGCCGCGCGCGCUUCUUCAUCGACCGCGACGGCUUCCUCUUCAGGUACGUGCUGGACUACCUGCGGGACAAGCAGCUCGCGCUGCCCGAGCACUUCCCCGAGAAGGAGCGCCUCCUGCGCGAGGCCGAGUACUUCCAGCUCGCCGACCUGGUCAAGCUGCUGUCGCCCAAGGUCACCAAGCAGAACUCGCUCAACGACGAGGGCUGCCAGAGCGACCUGGAGGACAACCUCUCGCAGGGCAGCAGCGACGCGCCGCUGGGCUACCGCGGCUCCUACACCACGGUGCGCGACCACCAGGCGGACGCCAAGUUCCGGCGCGUGGCGCGCAUCAUGGUGUGCGGGCGCAUCGCGCUGGCCAAGGAGGUCUUCGGGGACACGCUCAACGAGAGCCGCGACCCCGACCGCCCGCCCGAGAAGUACACGUCCCGCUUCUACCUCAAGUUCACCUACUUGGAGCAGGCGUUCGACCGCCUGUCCGAGGCCGGCUUCCACAUGGUGGCGUGUAACUCGUCGGGCACCGCCGCCUUCGUCAACCAGUACCGCGACGACAAGAUCUGGAGCAGCUACACCGAGUACAUCUUCUUCCGGCCACCUCAGAAAGUGGUGUCACCCAAACAAGAACAUGAAGACAGGAAACAUGAGAAAGUCACAGACAAAGGAAGUGAGAGCGGGACGUCCUGUAACGAGCUCUCCACUUCCAGCUGUGACAGCCAUUCAGAGGCGAGCACCCCCCAGGACAACCCACCUAACGCCCAGCAGGCCACGGCUCCCCAGCCCAACACCCUAACACUGGAUCGCCCUUCCAAAAAGGCGCCCGUGCAAUGGAUGCCCCCCCCAGACAAACGCAGAAACAGUGAACUCUUUCAGACACUCAUCAGCAAGUCCCGGGAAACGAAUCUUUCCAAAAAGAAAGUCUGUGAGAAGCUCAGUGUAGAAGAAGAAAUGAAGAAGUGUAUUCAGGAUUUUAAAAAAAUCCACAUUCCAGAUUAUUUUCCCGAGCGCAAACGCCAGUGGCAAUCUGAACUGCUACAGAAGUAUGGGUUAUAGUAAUUCUCGCCUUCCUGCAGUAUUUCGAUGACAUCCAAUGUUUACUACAGUGUCACUACCUGGCUGUGUCUUGACAAUGGUCAGUGUGAUUCUUGCUGCUCUUCUGUUUUGUGAACAGUGGAUGUGGGACAGUAUUUUCUUUCAUUCUUUUUUUUUUUUUUUUGCUGUUGUUUUUGGAAAUAUUUAAAAAAAGAAAACCAAUAAAUGUUGAAUCAAAAUGGUGUGUCUGAUUCAAACCAUUUUUCAAGAAUGAAAGUAAAAUGUGCAUGACCAGGAAGCUUAGAAUCUUGAUUUUUGAACUGUGGUCAACUGGAUACGUGUCUUAUUUUGUAACUCGCUAAAAAUAAAUCAUCCUAUCACUACAACUAAAAUGAUAAUAUGGACGAAGCAACAUCAAGUAAAAUGUUAGAUGAUGGUUUUGGGACCCGAAUCCAAAACUGUUUAAAUGUUAAUGCAAUAAAACAAGUAUUAUUUUUGCAUGAGCACAAUAUUACAAAUAAAUCACAAGAUGUGGGGAAGAUCUGUUUGUUGCUUGGAAAGAAAACAUAUUACAAAAAUGUAAAGAAAAUAGUGUUUCAGGCAAAGCCUAUAAAUGUAAGCUGUGUAGGAGACUGAGUUUUGUUUGUUCUAGACCUGUGAUUUUUUUGUGUAUGUGUAUGGUGUUCUGUAUGUUAAGAUGGUGUAAAUAUGCUUUAUACUAUUGUGUUAUGGCACUGACAUUCAUCUAUUAAUGCUAGUCAUGAUUAUUUCUGUGAAACAAGUCCUUACAUCAGGCUGUGAAAAUUGGUAUAAUGAUGCUCUGAAAGAUCCUACUAUCAUAUUAAUCAAAAUAAUGGAGGGAAAUGAUAAAGAGCUUUAUGUAUUUAUUAAAAAAGGAAAAUAUAUUAGAAUUCCUUGA